CCCGCCAGGCGCGUCUCCGCGGGCGCGGGAACGGGCCUGCUCGUAGGCGCGGCGGGCCAUGGAGGCCCUGCGGAAGGCCCACGAAGCCGUGUUGCGGCUGCUGCUGUGCGGGCCCUGGGCCGCGGGCGCCGCCUCCCGCCCGAAGCCCCGGGCAUCGGAGGUGCUGACGCGGCACCUGCUGCAGCGGCGCCUCCCGCACUGGACCUCGUUCUGCGUGCCCUACAGCGCCGUCCGCAACGACCAGUUCGGCCUCUCGCACUUCAACUGGCCGGUGCAGGGCGCGAACUACCACGUCUUGCGCACUGGCUGCUUUCCCUACAUCAAGUACCACUGCUCCAAGGCCCCCUGGCAGGACCUGGCCCCGCAGAACCGCUUCUUCACGGCGCUCAAGGUGGUCAACCUCGGUAUUCCAACUUUAUUAUAUGGACUUGGCUCCUGGUUAUUUGCCAGAGUCACAGAGACAGUGCAUACCAGUUAUGGACCAAUAACAAUUUAUUUUCUAAAUAAAGAAGAUGAAGCUUCCAUGUAUUGAAAACAUGUGUUGGAAAUACAAAUAUCAGUGUUUUUUCUCUUGUGUAUAUUUGCAGUAUUUAUUUUUGAUCCUUUAAAAUAAAACUUUUGCAAA